AUGAUCCCGUUCAGCGUGGAAAAACAAAGAUUAUCUGCUCACAAGCGCGAGUUGUUCAACCGCUCCAUCGCCACAGCUGCCGAGAUGCCAUCCCAAGCUCUAGUGACUGAAAACGGUGUCGUGGCCCGGACGCUGCUCAAUCGCAACGUGGACACGACGGUUCGCUACGAUGUGAUCGUCGUCGGCUCUGGUAUGGGCGGCGGGGUCCUGGCGAGCGCGCUCGCGGACGCUGGAAAGCGGGUGCUGAUCCUGGAGGCUGGCUCCCUGCUCUUCCCGACCCAUAUUGGAAACCUGCCCCGACGCUUGCUCAUCGGCCAGUUCCAGAAGCACAUAUGGUCGCUGUGGGAAGAUUUCCAGGUCAUAAACUAUAAUAACGUACAAGGAUCGGCGUACAACGGUGCCCAAGGCUUCAAUCUAGGCGGCCGAUCCAUCUUCUGGGGAAGCUUCAUUCCAUCGCUGGCGGGCUGGGAGUUGGACGCAUUUCCUGUGGCAGUGAGGCAGUAUCUCCUCGAUACUGGCCCGACGGGUGGCUAUCCGGUGGCUCGUAGGGUAUUCAAUGCGGAUACCCCGGCGCAGAGCGCCUUUCAGACGACGUCGAGAGACACUUUGGAUCAGACUCUCCCCAACUGGAAGGCCGAGGACGCCUCAGUAGCUGUCGAAUAUACGGGGGCGACGAAUUGGUCCAUCCCGGCCGGUAUCUUUUCCACAGCGGACCUCUUAAUUGAAGACCAGUUGGUGCAGAGACCACCCAAUCUGGGCUCUGAGCGAGAGCCGCUGACUGUCAAUCUCAAUCACGCCGCCUGGAAUGUCACAUUUGAUGCUGGCGACAACAAACGCGCGACCGGCGUGCACUGCUUCGACCUGCUCGACCAGGUCCAGCGGACCUACACCGCCGACACCAUCGUUCUCAGCGCUGGCACCCUGGAAUCCGCGAAAAUAGCCCUCUUGUCCGGCAUCAACAACCCUAAGAUCGGGCGCGGCGUCACAGACCAUGCGAUCCUCUACCGCCACUUUGUCAUCCCCCCAAACGCCCUCGCCACCACACCACCCUCCGAAGCAGAGCCCAAGUCCGCCAAGAUCCUCCUCAGGCACCCGUCUGCCUCGCGCGAUGCUCACGCGUUCGACAUCAUUGUCGAGUUCGGGGCGGAGUUCAACCAGGGCCGCUACGUGAACCCAGAGCACCUCGCACAGGACGAGAACAUCCGCGCUGGGUACAUGCUCUGCGAGAUUGUCUUCCAGUUCUACUCCCCCAUCCUUGACGCCAACGCCAUCACCCUCAACGGCGGCAACCCUGCCGACCCGGUCAACUCUCUCAUCGACGAAGCCCGCGAGCUCGCCACCCGCGUCUUCAAGGCCUACAGUGCCCAGCCCGUGCUCGGCGAGCGCACGCUGCUCGCCGCCGACGACAAGGCGGACCUAGACCUGGCGAAAGUGGGCGGCGUGGCGCAUGAGGUCGGGAGCUUGCGGAUGGCGGGUGAUGAAAGCGGGGUCGUGGACGCGGACCUAAAGUUCGUAGGAUACAAGAACCUAUACGCGUGCGACAACUCGGUCUUUCCCAUGUCGCCGGCGGGAAAUCCGAGCCUCACGCUGGUGGCGUUGGCGGAGCGGUUGGCGGACCAUAUCAAGGCUAACCCUGGGGCAUGA